GGUAUCUACACAACGUGGAAUUUAUAGUAGAUGUUCAGCCACAGCAGGAGAACGAAGAUUAUCAGUGAUCACCACUUUAUGAAAGUGACGUGUGAAGUGAACAUCCAGACAGACAUAGAAGCAAGCUUACCAUGUUUCUGAACAGGAAUAAGAACUGCAAACCAAAGAAGAACGAGAAAAGACAGCUGCUAUGGAAGGUGGCCCAGCAGACCAUGCCGUCCCACUGCAGAGAGCUCGUCCCCCAGCUUGCCUGGCAGGAGGAAGCCCGUGUCAAGGAAGUCAGAAGGGGAGAAUCACUGGAGCCAAGAGAGGAUCCUUCAGAGCUGGAGUCCAAGCGCACUGCGUUCGAACAGGCCGUGUAUGACCUCACCCACUCUGAAAGAGUGAUUAAUGACCUGACUUUCGGCCGGCGCCUCAGUUUCUAUGAGCUCCGUGGAGAGAUCGGCAGUGGGAACUUCUCCCAGGUCAGGCUGGGCAUCCAUGUCCUCACCAAAGAGCGAGUUGCUGUCAAAAUCUUAGACAAGGUGCGUCUGGACCGGCACUCCCAGAGACUGUUCUCCUCUGAGAUCGCUUGCAUGGAAAAACUGUCCCAUCCCAACAUUGUGCGCUUGUACGAGGUGGUGGAGACCUUCAGAAGGCUGCACCUGGUGAUGGAGUAUGCCUCUGGAGGAGAGCUAUACUCCAGGAUCUCCAGCAGGGGGCGACUGUCUGGUGUAGAGAGCAAACUUGUGUUCUCUCAGAUUCUGUCUGCUGUCAGACACAUGCAUGACAACAACAUCAUCCACCGAGACCUGAAGGCUGAGAACGUGUUCUACACCACCAGCUACACCGUCAAAGUGGGUGACUUUGGCUUCAGCACCGAGUGCCAACCUGGCCAGAUCCUGACCACCUUCUGUGGCUCUCCACCUUAUGCAGCUCCUGAGCUCUUCAAAGACAAAGGUUACGUGGGGCCUUUUGUGGAUCUCUGGGCUCUGGGCGUGCUGCUCUACUUCAUGGUCACAGCCACGUUCCCCUUCAACGGGACCAGCCUGGGCAAACUUAAACUGUGUAUCCUUCAGGGUGCCUAUGCCAUUCCUUCAUACGUUCCUGACCCCUGCCAGAAUGUCAUCAGGGGCCUCCUGAGACAGGUGCCUACUGACCGCUCCUCGUUGAUCAAGGUCAUGUCCAGUAUCUGGCUGAAGGACAUCGAGUACCUGCAACCAUACUCUACUGCCUUGACCACCCCGGAGCACCUUGCAGACCCCUCACGGGUGCUCAGUGCAGACGAGCAGGCGGUCAAGGCAGCGCUGGAAGAGCUGGGCAUUACGGAGGACCACCUAAAGAACAAUGCACAGCUGGACUGCCGGAGCCCUUUAACAGGAGUGUACCGCAUUGUCCUGCACCGUGUCCAAAGGAGGAGCACAGUGGAGGCAGUGGGGUACACCGGCCUGUACCCCAAAGAUUUCCAGUCCAGCUGGCAACGCUGGUCCCACCCAACUACGGCCUUCAGGAAAAAAGACCACUCCGCAGUGUGUUCCAUCUUGUGA